GCGCGCGCACCUGUCAAACCAAAAUAUUGAUCUGUCACAACAUCACGAAUUCGACGUGUUAAGCAGAAUGUCAUCUAAAAACGACAAAUAAAACCAGUUGUCCCGCUGUAAAUUGUUUUGAGUGACAUAUGGGGGAAAUAUCUACAGAGAACGGAAUGGAUCGCUGGACCUGUCCGAACGAUCGGCAAUUGGCGCUUAGAGCUAAACUGGGUGCAGGAUGGUCUGUGCACACGAACAAGUUCAGCUCAUUCCAAAAAGCCCAACACCUGAGUGCAGAGGAACAGGAACAGAUAAUGAAUGUGAUACAGAAGGCAGAUUAUCUCGAGUCAGUCGAACAGGAGAGAAUUGGUCGACUAGUAGAAAAGCUGGACAACAUGAAGAAAAACGCAAUGGGAAAUGGAACGACACAGUGUGUUUUAUGUGGUGACGAAUUCGGACUCCUGGGAGCAUCACCCACUUACUGUGACGACUGUCGAAAGGCGGUCUGUACAAAGUGCGGGGUGGACACGCUGAAUUGCAAUCGACAGCCACUCUGGUUAUGUAAAAUCUGCAGUGAAAAUCGAGAGGUAUGGAAGCGAUCGGGUGCAUGGUUUUUUAAAGGCCUGCCAAAAUAUGUCAUACCAGAGAAGAAAUCUGAAAGCAGUAAGCUGGGGGUAAAGAGCAAGCCAGAAUACCGGGGAACACCUAGGGCUCAAACUGGAGCUGUACAGACCUACAACAACUGGAGUAGGGGUCGGGGCAGUCAAGGUACAAGCUAUGGGGAGAGCAGCGAACAUGACUCCGAGAGCAGCUCGGACGAUGACGUCAGUAUUGGUCGACGGAAAGGACGCAAAGGCUCGGGUGAGAGUGAUGCUGGUAGUUUGGCCAGUAGCCAAAGUGGCCACAUUUAUUCUGGUGGUCAAACAAGAGAGAGCAAGACCAGUGUAAGUAGUGACCGAUACACUACUGACCGCCAUUCCUUUGACAGACAGCGUGGAAACGACCCCCACAGUGGAGAUAAGCAAUAUAGUGCUGACCGGUACAGCAAUGACCGUUAUAAUUCUGACCGACAACAAAGUGGAGAUCGUUAUGGCACUGAACGGUGUUCUAGUGACCGUUAUGGACAAUCACAGCACAUUGCGUCAGAAAGCAGUCGGGAAGAAUUUCACGACGAGCCUGAGGAAACUACAGGAGGUUACGGUUCAGUUACUAACCCUCCUCGACAUAAUUCUUCAUCGUCCGGAAACUAUCACCGGGAUUCUCAGUCUCGCUACCGACAGCAUUAAAUCCUGCUAUUUGCAGACUAAAUGCUGUUUGCAGACAAAAUGCUGCUACAAUGUCUAUUUGCAGUACUAGAUGCUGCUUCAAUGUCUAUAUGAAGUACUCAUUCCGGCUAUUUGCAGUACUUAUCAAUCCUGCAUGCUUUAUGCAAUAUGAAAUGCCGCAAUUUGUAGUAUUAAAUCUAGCUACUUGCUGAAUAAAAUGCCGAUAAAUGCAUUACAUAAUCCUGCCACAUGCAGUACUGAAUAUUACUAAAUCUUUGUUAGGACAAAGUAGUAAUUAGAAUCUCCCAUGUGGAAUUAUGGCUCUAUAAUUAUACAGAACGGCAAAUAUGUUGCCACUGAGUACUGUAAAUUUAUGGUUUCUUUUGGCAUGGUAUUCAAACUGUUCUUUUUUUGUUUAGAGACUUUUUGGAAUUUUGUUAACAUUUUUUUUAAUAAAGAGAAUACUUCACUGAAACUUAAAACUGUAAAAAUAGUAGAAAAUAAGAAACUUUUAGUAUGAAAUUGUGCAAGUGUACAAAAAACCCAGGAAUCAUCCGGGUUGCCAUGACAAAAAAAUAUUUUUUGCAUAUUUUUGCAAAAUGAAGUGCAAUGUUUUAACAGUAUUGUAUUUUUUGCCAGAAUUUUCUUAUUUAGUGUAGUUACCUAUGAGGUAAAUAACAAAGAUUUAUGGCCUAAUUGAUAAUAGAAAUUGUGAUAGUCAUAUAGAGGAAGAUUUAGAGAGGGUAUCUUUGUCUUAGAAUUUCUCACAAGUGUAAAUUGAGUUAAACAAAAAAAUCACCAAUCAGAUACAAGCAGAAAUUCAUUUCAUCAUUCAUGCCUAAAAAAAGUAGCUUAUGCUUUUCGACAAAGUAGAGCAUUUUUCUGUCACCUUUUGAAAUUAUUUUUAGAACUAAGGCUCAAAUUUGAACUAAAAGUUGUUUUUUUAUUGAAAAAAGCAUUUUGUUCUAAUGUCACACAAAAUGAAAAUUAUUGAUCUUCUCAAUGUCUGAAUGUAUAAAAUGUGAAUGAAUCCAUUUUAAUUGCAAAUAAAAAUAUUUUGACUUAUUUGGCUAGAAGUCAUAUGGUUGAGCAAUGGUGUAUCUGCUUUAUGUCGGCUAUUUCUGUUCUAGGCUGGUAUUCAAUAUUGGUCUUAAUUGGAUCUAAGAACGAUGUAGCUAAUCGAAUUACUUGUUAUAAUUAUCUGACCAAUAGAGUAAAUGAAGUCAGUGAUGUAUGACCAUAAGAUCGACUUAAGUCGCAUAUUGAAUACCACCCCAGAUGCUGAAGGGUGAAAAUAUUGUUUUGAAUAAUAAAUAGUGUUAUACACUGACACUGUGAAAUAUUUUGAAUUUUAAGCUUGUGUAUUGUAAAAAAUUUAUGAAAUUUAACUAUGAGAUCCGGUUUGGAAAAAAAUCAGACAAUCGUGAAAAAUUGUUCAGUAAAAUCAAAUCGCCAUCUGAUCCUUAGUGCGAAAUUUUGUUGGCUUUUUAAGUAUAAAGUAAAAUAUUGUGAGCCACGCCAGUUUAUGUUUUAAAAUUAAUUCAGUAUUCCACCAUGUCAAACUCACUUUACAUGUUCAUUACCAUAAUAUGCUAGAGUUUCAUUUAGAUGGAUUGACAUAUAUGUAUCUAAUUACUUAGUGAAAUUAGAAAAUAAGA